ACCUAAGUUCUUGCAGUCCGAUGAUGUUGCAAUAAUUAGAAAGGUUGAAGGAAUCCACAAACCUGAUGGUCGCCAAGUUGAUGUUCAAAACUUAUUCACUAUUAUUACCAAGAUCUUGCUUCACGACAAUCCCAGUGGUGAUGGUGGUGUUACAAAUGGAACAUCUACAGGAAGUUCUGAAGUACCUGCUCAAAUUAUAAACAAGAUCUGUUGCGAGAUAUCAUGCAAUUGCUCCGGUCGGAAUAGUCAAGAAACAACUAUAAUGUUACUUGAAAAGUUUCUUUCAAACUAUUCGUGGGAUGCGAAGCUGGUGAUAAUGGUGGCCGCAUUUGCUGUCAACAAUGGAGAAUUUUAUCUGCUUACUGAGCUUUACACUAAAAAUCCAGUUUCUAAAAAUAUAGCUUUGCUCAAGCAACUGAAAGGCGUAGUGGAAGAUGCUGAAUUAUUGGAACAAUUUUCUGGAGCAAUUAUUGACCUUAACAAGGCUAUGGUUGCCUUAAUUCGAUCUGUUCUCCAGUUCAAUACUUUACCUUCUGAGUAUCAUGCAAGUAAUAAACCGCCAUUUUCAACUGUCAUAAUUCGAUCUGUUCUCCAGUUCAAUACUUUACCUUCUGAGUAUCAUGCAAGUAAUAAACCGCCAUUUUCAACUGUCAUAACUGAUAUUGUCCGAGCUGUUUAUUGGACAAUUUAUAGUGUUGUGACUAGUGCCUCUCAUAUUGUUGCCCUUAUUGGAUCGAAAAAUCAGCGCACCAUUGCUGCAACAAUGACAUGGGAACUGUCGGAACUGGCGACUAAAGUGAACAGUAUUCAGACAAUCCUUCAAAAGCAUUUUUCUCGUAUUAAACAAGAAAUUGGUGGAUACAAUGUCCUGGUCAACCUUUUUGAGACUGUCCAAGACAUUACGGCAAUAUUCCAGGCCUUCUUCCACGUGGAGGGUGGGAAGCUACCCCUUGUGGUGGGCACCACUAAGGAACAGGUGAAAAUUGAGGUAUUAAAGCAUACAAAGGUUUUGCUGCUCAUUUCUGGACUUGACAUAUGGCAAGUAGAGAUUAAAGCUCUUGCUAAAUUGUACGAACAUCUCAAAGCAAAGCACAAUAUUCAGUAUCAACUAGUUUGGAUUCCAAUCGUGGAGGGCAAUUUGGAUGAACACAAAUUUUUGUCUUUGCAAUCUCUGAUGUCAUGGUUUACUGUAAGACACCCUUCACUUAUCAAACCAGAGGUUAUCAGAUACAUCAAGGAAGUGUGGAAGUUCUCGAAACACGCAAUAUUGGUGCCGUUUGAUCAACAGGGACAUGCAGAAUCUGUUCAUACUCUUGGCCGU